GCCGGGCGGCGGCAGCGUGGGGCGGGCGGCGGCGGCUGAGGGGAAUCCCGCGACCCUCCGGGCCCUGCCGGACCCCGCCGCCAUGAGCGCCCCGGGCCGCGGGAUGCGGUUCGCGGAGAGCCAGCUGCGGCGGCACGGCUGGCGGCGAGGGCAGGGGCUGGGGAAGCGGGAGGACGGCAUCGCCGAGGCCAUCCGGGUGAAGGUGAAGUGUGACACGGCGGGGGUGGGACACGACGCGGCAGAGCCGUUCUCCUUCCACUGGUGGGACCACGUCUUCAACAAGGCAGCUGCUAACAUCGCCGUGGAGGCUGGGCAGGAUGGCAUCUCCAUGAAGACGCUUUCCGAGCAGGGAGUCACAAUCAGCAAUAAGAAGCCCCGCAAGGCUGGCAGCACUGGUAGCAUGGUGUACGGCCGCUUUGUGAAGGCAGCCACACUCACAGCAUGCGGGGAGGAGUCUGUGAAGCUGCCCACCGGCUCAGAGAGCAGCGAAGAGGAGGAAGAGGGGAAGCUGGACCUGUCUUCAGCCAGGAGGCUGACAGAUGAGGAACUGAUGCGAGCGUGCGGGGGUCGCACGGCACACAAGGGUGCCCGUCACGGCCUGACUAUGAGUGCCAAACUGGCGCGCCUGGAGGAGCAGGAACAAGCUUUCCUGGCCACGUACCGGCACAAGGAGCGGCAGCGUGAGCCCCCAGAGAGCAGCAGCCCCCCAGGAGAGAGGCAGGAAAAAAGGAAGAAAAAAAGGAAACCGUCCAGGGAUGGAGCUGACCCCGAGGUGCUGCAGAGCCAGGAGCCAAGUGGAGAAGAGGACGUGGCAGGAGAGGAAGGGAAGGCUGCGAAGAGGAAGAAGAAGAAGAAGAAGCAGGAGGAGGAAGAGGAUGAAGAACAGCCAGUUGAGACAGAGAAGAAGAAGGAGAAGAAAAAGAAGAAGCAGAAGAAAAAGGAGGAUGACAAAGAAGAGCCGGCUGAGACAGAGGUACCUCUAGAAGACACAGAUGGGCCAGACCAGGCUGGGCACAGCCCCAGGAAGAAGAAGAGGAAGAAGAGGAAGAGGGAGCCAGAGUGAUCAAGGGCCAAGGCUGCCAUGCUGCGCAGCUGCCAGUACCACCUGGCUGUGAGGGUCCCGAUCCUGCCCGCUGGUGCUGAUGGGUGCCCAAGGGUGCUCCGGGCUCUUCUCAGGUGGAGCCCAGCGCUGUGGCCCAGCUGUGUGUUCACUGCCGGGGGAUGCUGGCUGGUCUGGAGCUGGAUCGAGCUUCAUUUCACUCCCUGAGCCUUCCCUCCGUCGGGGUGACCCCAGUUCCCACCAGGCCCUGGGGCAGGGACCCAUUUGCCAUGGGUCUGUCACAGAGGGACACAAGGGGAUGGACCCCACAGACUAUUGACAUUAUUUUUUUUUUUAAGGGCACAAAUAAAUCUUUAUUGCAGUGAAACUA